AUUCACAUGGUGCAAGAUCAACAAUGUAGGACCAAAGGGUAUUACCAUUUGGCAAAAGGUUUAUUAUUACUGCAAUGCCAACCUGAUUUACCAACUAUAGAUGUGAGGUCCUCCUAAAUUUUAGAAACACUAGUACCAAAAAUGGCCUAGUCAGUUAUGAGAGGUUCAAAACUCACUUUUGUUCCUCCAUUAGAUUUUGGGACUCUCUUACAAUGGCAGCAACUUCAGGACCAUUGUCAAAGAACCCCAGCGGUGCUGCGAGCUUCAACCGAACCCUGAGUCGCCGCGUCUACUUCUCCGAUGAGCCGCCACCCAAACCCCAGACCAACCCAAAACAAUGGGACUCCAACAAUGACACAAAUCAUGCUGCAGAAGAAGAAGAAAAAGAAGGACGUGCCUGCGGAUUAUGCUGUGCCUGGACUUCCCUCAUCGCGGGUUGCAUAGUUUUGGUUCUCUUGUUAUCUGGAGGACUAUUCUUAUAUUUUCUCCAAUCCGGUUUGCCUGAAUUCCGCGUCAAGAGGCUCGACUUUACAAAAAUUGAGAUAGUCAGCAAAAAUCAACGAACGCAUCUUAGCAUGGAUUUCCAGAUACUUAUCAAUGCGACGAACAAGAACGAAAAGCAUGGCCUGUCUUAUGGGCCGUUGAAAGUUAAGGUGUCCGCAGAUGAAGUGAACCUGGGGAGCCUAGAGCUGUCGGCAUUUAAGCAAAAGCCGAGGCAAGUGACGCAGCUGAAACUGCUCAAAGCGGUGAGGAAAUUGGAGGUGAAUGCAGAGGAUGGACAGGCAUUGAAAUCGGAUUACAAAUCGAGAGAAUUGGUUGUGAAUUUGGUUUUCAAAGGAAGCAUUAGUAUGAAUCUUGGUGGGCAGGUCUACAAUGGGUUGCCUCUAACUGUGCUGUGUGAUGACAUUGCUCAAUCUGAUAUUGACAAUGGUCUCCAGCCCGAGUGCCGUGUCAAGAUGUUCACCUACACAUAAGUUGAACAUUGCAGAUUUUGGGAAGCUUGUGAUGACGGUGCUAGCUAGGCAUGAACAUUGCAUUGCAUUGUGGAGUGGAGGUUCUAUUUUGCAUUAUUUUCCAAAGAGGGCCUAAAUGUUAGACAAGUAAUAAUCAAUCACGAGCAAAAGUCUGCUGAGUUAGCCUGUAGAAACUUGUUUGCUUGGAAAAUGAUUAUUAGCUUUGUAACAUUUUUGACGUUAUCAAUAAUGUUUUGUUCAUUGUUUA